CGUGUUUACAUUGCCAUUCGCAACAAUGUUGCAGUGAUUAUUUUUGGCUCCCACACCUUUCCUAUAAAGUGCAUCUCCCCGGUAACAGGCGGGUAGUAAAGCUAGCUGUAGUUUAGUAUACAAGCAAAAUUUGAGUGUGAGGUAAUUUGUUGUCAUCUGGAUUAGCUGGUGAAUCUACAUAAUUUGAGAUUGCAUUCUAUUUCCCACCAAUACUGCUUGUUAUCAGUAUCAAGUUCGUGACAGUACAUUCUUAUCUUAUCACAUCUUCGUUCUCUCGUACAACGGCGGAAGAUUUAGCUAUAUAACCCGUUCCACUAGAUUGCUGUAGUUUAGUUCAAAACCAGACUUUUUACCGUAAACGAGUGCUCAUCAAUUUUAUUUAGAAAAUUCUCCUCUGACAAAACAUGUCAACAGUUACGAAUCGCGUGCUCUCGAUCCAGAGCCAUGUAGUGCACGGAUAUGUUGGAAACAAAAGUGCAGUCUUCCCGCUGCAGAUUCUUGGUUUCGAGGUGGACAACAUCAAUUCGGUGCAGUUUUCGAAUCACACCGGCUACAAACAUGGUUUCAAAGGUCAGGUCCUGAACGAAAAGGAGCUUGCAGAAGUAUUUUCCGGACUGGUGGCCAACGACUUGCAUCAACAGUAUACCCAUCUUCUGACGGGGUACGUCGGAAAUCCUAUCUUCCUGCGUGAAAUCGCAAACAUUCUGAAAACUCUCCGCUCCGCCAAUCCAGCUCUUAUCUAUGUUUGCGACCCGGUGAUGGGUGACGAUGGUUUUAUGUAUGUACCGAAAGAGCUACUGCCGAUCUACCGGGACGAGAUCGUCCCUUUGGCAGACAUUGUGACUCCGAACCAAUUUGAAGUCGAGCUACUAACUGGAAAGACAAUUAAGACUGAACAAGACGCAUGGGACGCGAUUGAAUGGUUCCACUGCAAGGGAGUUAAGACGGUAGCAAUAUCGUCUUCGGAGCUCGGUGGUUCCGAUUCUUUAUUAGCACUUGUUAGUCAUAAAGAUGGUGCAAAUUCUCAACGUUGCCGUAUGGUGAUUCCAAAGCAGGGUAACGGAAUCCGCUUUACCGGAACAGGAGACCUGUUUGCUUCACUUUUUCUGGCACAUUCCACUUUGACCAAGUUUGACAUGUGCGCCACUCUGGAGCGAACGAUCGCCAGUUUACAAGCAGUCAUCACCAAAACCCUUACGUACAUUCCUGAAGAUGUCAAAGCCGGGAAGCUAGCCGUUACUUCGACGCAACGAGAACUAAAGAUUAUCCAAAGUAAGCGAGAUAUAGAGGAACCAAAAGUGACGUGCUGCUGUUCCAAGGUUUGAACUCGGUUUUGCUAUGCCCGAUCAUUUCUUAAUGCUGAGACAAUAAAAAAAAGCUUAUGAAAAGUAGAGAAUUAAUGUAAAAAUACUACAUUAUGGAGCUAGUUCAAUCAAUAUUACAAUUAUACAUAUUAUAUCGUUACAGUGGGGGGAAAACGCAAUCAUUAUUGGUAGAGAGUGUAUACACAUAUAUAAUAUACUAAUAUUGAAGCUAAUAAACAGAUAAUUGAGAUCA